CAAGAUUGUAUAGAUGGAAAUUCACUGUCACUUCCCCCGAAUCCAAUUCCCUUUUUUUAAUUCCUUCCCAUAAAAUGAAAACUCUCUCUAAUCAAUCACACAGGACUAAAGAUUCGUUCACCCAAUCGACUAACUCAAAUUUCAACUUUAGCCUCUGCUACGCUUCUGCUCAGCGGCGUUUUCCCGAUGCCUCUCCACCAUUACCGUCCACCUCCAAAUCAUGGCGGCAUAACUAGCACGCAGCAGCAGCAAGUUACUCAUCAGCCACCCGCCAUGGACGUUCUCUCCCAAUCGCGUCGCCAGCUCGCUGACUACACCAACUCCUUGCAUCGCGAUGGAUUUCUAGACGACCAGUUUUCUCAGCUUCAGCAACUGCAAGAUGAGAGCAGCCCUGAUUUCGUGAUGGAAGUUGUGUCCCUCUUCUUUGAAGAUUGUCAGAAGCUUGUUACCAACAUGGCCAGAGCUCUCAGCGAACUGCAGGCUGUAGAUUUCAAACAGGUCGAUUCCAGUGUUCAUCAAUUGAAGGGUAGUAGUUCCAGUGUUGGGGCAGCAAGGAUUAAGAAUCUGUGCGUCGCGUUUAAAACUUGUUGCGAUUCACAAAACCGGGAUGGGUGUAUGCGAUGUUUACAAGAAGUGAAUCGUGAGUGUGUUCUGUUGAAGAACAAGCUCCAGACUCUGUUCAGGCUGGAGCAGCAGAUAAUCAGCGCUGGUGGAUCGAUUCCUAUGUAGAGAAGAAGAAGAAGAAGAAGAAGAAGAAGAAGAAGAAGAAGAAGAAGAAGCUGGCUGAAGAGUGAUUGUUGUACAAGGCCUUUUUUGUGUGUGUGAAUGUUAUAAUUACUCUUUGUAGUUGCUGUCCUAGGUUGCCUUGAGCUGAUCUUGGCAAGAUUUAAGAGUGUGAUAAGGUGAAAUAAACGAAGUAUCUUUGUAGCACAUUGCAAAAAGCAUAUAAGAGUUUUGUUUGCUUUUGUGGUGGUGGUCUAGUAAGAACUAAGAACUGUUCUUGUCUUGCUUUAGGCGAGAAAUUUGUCCAUGUCAAUGGCUCCACUGCUGUAUGGGUUUCCGUGUUUGCCUAGUUACUUCUAUCCGCCAAAUUUAUAAGGGACAAGUAAACUAUGAAGAUAUUGU